AUGAGUGGCCACCUGAAUCCGAAGGACUCGAUGAAGUCCACAUGGCGACGGGCAGAUCGCGCCGAGUGGACCAUCUUCCACUGGUUCUAUGAGAUCACCAACAUCCAUCAUGUCGCUUUGGAUAAAGACGUGCCCGUCCACGAUAAGCAAGAGAAGGUGCCUUACAUGCCGGAAUGGCAUUUGCACCGCUGGGUGCUAACCCACUCCUUCAUUCCUCUCGCCAUCCAUCACGUUUAUACGUCUUAUACCGGUCACAACUUAAGCCCCCUCGCUGCCUUCGUCUUCUAUAGCCUGGCUUUUAAAGCCAUCGCCAUUCAUGAGAUACACGUUCUUCGUCGGCUGGGCCAUGUCCUAGGAUUCCUCGAUGGCGACCAACACGAGCGGGAUGGAGUGCCGGAUGUGGGCGUGGCGAAGGUCGCCCACUCACUGAUCUCAACAUCCACCUUUCGCCCGAUGUUCACCGUAUUCCUCAGCUAUCGUGCCAGCCAAACUCCUUCGUCCAUGAACUGGCUUUGGCUUCCCCUCGAGGCCGGGCUGUACGGCAUCAUUCUCGACUUUUGGUUCUAUUGGUAUCACCGCUUGAUGCACGAAAUCAACGGUCUCUGGAAAUACCAUCGGACUCACCAUCUGACAAAGCACCCUAACCCGCUCUUGACGCUGUACGCCGAUUCUGAACAGGAGUUCUUCGAUAUAGCCGGCAUUCCGCUCAUGACCUACUUCACCAUGAAGUUCAUGGGCUUCCCGAUGGGUUUUUACGAGUGGUGGAUCUGUCACCAGUAUGUUGUUUUCGCCGAGAUCGCAGGGCACAGCGGCCUCCGCCUCCACACAGUACCGCCCAAUACUCUCACUUGGCUCCUUCGGAUCUUCAAUGCUGAGCUGGUCAUUGAAGACCAUGAUAUCCACCACCGCCGGGGAUGGAAGAAGAGCGCAAAUUACGGCAAACAAACCCGUCUGUGGGAUCGUAUCUUCGGCACCUGCGGAGACCGCAUCGAAAGCUACCAGGAUAAUAUCGAUUACGAUCAACAAAUUCCUAUGCCGUGGUUCUGA